AUGGUUUCUAAAGCAUCCAAAAUCCGCGACUUUGUCCUGGGUCCCAAGACAGAUGAUCGCCCAUCCGAUCUAAACACCCGCGCUCAGGAGGUCCUCGAGCCAGCAGAUAUUUUUCUUGAUCAAGAACCUACUGUAGGCGAGUGGAUCAAGGAGCUCGCUCCUACACGAGAUGGUUCCAUUCACUACCUACAGAGCCUAUUCCCGUCCGCCUCGUGGAUCUGGCGGUAUUGCCUUCGCUGGCUUCUGGGAGACGUCAUUGCCGGCUUGACAAUUGGCAUGGUUGUCAUUCCUCAAGCCAUGGCAUAUGCUGUUCUAGCACAGCUAGACCCUGCUUACGGACUGUACACCUCCUUCACCGGAGCUGUCCUGUACUGGAUAUUCGGAACUUCCAAGGAUAUUGUUAUUGGCACUACUGCCGUGGGUUCCCUGCUCGUUGGCCAGGUCGUCAUGCAUGUCCAGGAGGCAGCGCCUAAUAAGUACGAGAACCAGGAAAUCGCACGUGCACUAAGCCUUCUAUCUGGAGCUAUCAUGCUCUUCCUCGGCCUGUUGCGUCUUGGCUGGAUCAUUGAAUUCAUCCCCUACAUCCCCAUCUCUGCCUUCGUCACCGCCGCCAGCAUAACCAUCAUGUCCACCCAGGUCCCGACCGCUCUCGGGAUCAAGGGGAUCAACACCCGCGAGGCUCCCUACAAGGUCAUCAUCAAUACGCUAAAGGGUCUUCCCAAUGCCAGACUCGAUGCCGCGAUUGGAGUUACCUCUAUUGUGUUGCUUUUUGCUAUCCGCGACUUCUGCACCAUGAUGGAGAAGCGCCAACCCGCUCGAAAGAGGCAGUGGUCUUUCAUCUCGUCGCUCAGGCUGACAUUCACCAUGAUCCUUUACACCUUGAUCAGCUAUCUCGUCAAUCGCACUGAAGAUCUAAACAACCCCAAGUUCAAAGUUGUCGGGCAUAUCGAGGCGGGCUUCAAGCAGGCCAGUGUGCCUAAUUUGGACCCUGACUUGCUCGUCCUCAUUCUCUCUGAACUACCUGCCAUUGUUAUCAUUCUUGUCAUUGAGCACAUCGCCAUCGCCAAGGCCAUGGGUAGAAUGUUCAAUUACACCGUCAUCCCUUCGCAAGAGAUCGUUGCCCUUGGAGCAGCCAAUCUGUUCAGCCCCUUUGUAGGUGGCUAUGUUUGUACUGGCUCCUUUGGCGCGUCUGCUGUUCUCUCCAAGGCUGGAGUGAGGACUCCGUUGGCUGGGCUGUUCAGCGCUGGAAUAUUAGUCCUUGCUCUGUACGUCCUGACGUCCGUCUUUGCCUACAUCCCCAAUGCCGCUCUUGCUGGUCUCAUUAUCCACGCAGUCUGCAAUCUCAUCGCGCCUCCCAAGAACUUGUACAAGUACUGGAAACUCUCCCCCUUUGAGCUGAUCAUUUGGGUCAUCUGUGUGUUGCUUGCUAUUUUCGAGUCUCUGGAGACCUCAAUCUACGUCGGCAUUGCCCUCUCCUUCGUCAUGCUGCUUAUUCGUCUGUCUAGGACGAAAGGGGAGUUCUUGGGCCGCACGACUGCUCAGGAAGUCGUUGGCAAGAACAACAACACCGCAGGGGGCCAAGAGUCAUCCGAUAACAAGGAUUCAUGUCUCAGUGACAGUAAUGAAGAGCGCGAAUUAUACCUGCCAAUGAGUCGGAACGAUGCGUCCAACUCUAAUAUCAAGCUUGAAACGCCAUACCCAGGCGUGAUCAUCUAUCGCUUCAUUGAGGGCUUCAAUUACACCAACCAGGCGCUUCACAUCCGCCAAAUCCUCGAGUACGUUGAGGCAACCACACAGCGCACAUCUGAAGAGCAUUUCGAGAAGAAGUCCGACCGGCUCUGGAACGACCCAGGGCCAAAGACGCAAAAGAGCGCAGACCUUCCAUUCCUGCAUGCAGUAGUCUUGGAUUUCUCAUCAGUCAAUAACCUGGACGUCACGUCGGUCCAGGGCCUGGUCGAUCUACGCGCCUCCCUCGACAGGUACUGCUCCCCCGACUCGGUGGAACUGCACUUUGCCAACGUCCACAACCGCUGGACCCGUCGCGCACUCACGGCAUCUGGAUUUGGGUACCCCUCCUCCCAGAAGAGCGACGCCAUCGCCUGCUGGCAGCCGGCGUAUACCAUUGCCGCCGUGCUAGAUCCAGAACUGAAUGAGAACCGUCCCAAGACCGACCUCGAGGCGAAUGAGACCUCACACACUGACACGGAGACCGAGACGAUUGCGCCAACGACCGUGUCCACAAAUUAUAACACAAUUACUCCCAGUCAGCCUCAGGAGAAGCAGAAAAUGGCUGCCGUGCAUGGCGUUGACCGCCCAUUCUUCCAUGCGGAUCUCCACACAGCCGUGAAGUCUGCAGUGAGGGAUGCCAUGAACAGAGAUGCAAGAACUGGACCGGUAAUGGAGUCCGACUAA